AUGCGGUGGCUGAAGUCAUUGUUUGUCAAGAGAAAAGGUCCCCGCCCUGAAAAGAAUACCAGUCACACACAAAAAUCAUCGAAUAGCAAUAAGACUGAUAUAAACCAUCGGAGUGCUGCGCUGAAUGAUGGGAUUUCAAGAGAUCGUCCACAGGAUCCGCAUCCCGCAAAAAGGGCUCAAUCACCGCACAGAAGUGAUAAUCGAAAUGAAAAGUCGGAUCAGACCCGUCAUGUAUAUAAGGGACCUUAUUCGAUUAAGGAGAGAAUUAAAUAUAUCGGAAAGUACAUCGAUCGCUGGAAUAAGAAUCAUCCUCACGACUACAUUGAAAUUGAUAUCAUUGUUAUUGGAGGUCUACUCGACAUUAACCAAAAUUGGACGGAACCAGCACCCGACUCUCAGAUAAAAUUCAUCUGUAGGCCUGGAAAGCGCUGGGACGACGAACUUUAUACAGAAAAAUUACAUCGUGCGUGCAAGAAAUUAGAGUGGCAAAUAAAUGAUCGAUGGUGUCUUUCUACUUUGGACUCGGGUGUCCGAAGAAGAAUGUUUGAAGUAAUUAAGGAUGAUAAACCGGCCCACAAAUCCAAAGGGAAAGGUAUGAUUAUACGAAAACCUCCACCAGAUUAUCGAUUAUGUCAGCGGAUUGCUCGUCUUGGCAGUCGGGAGUCAAACUCUCAGUUAUACGAUACCAAAUUGAGUGGAAUAGUGAAAGAUAUUGAAAGUUACAUAGAUAGCAAUGAGCAACAGUUGGAGGGCAUACGGUCCAGAUUGAAGAAGGGUGUCACACCGAGAGACUUGAUCAGAAUAUGGCAGAAAGAGUAUGAUUUCGAAUUCAGUAAUGUACUGAGCUCGCUAAAGGAUAACAGAGUGGAAGGAUCGAAACCGCGAGAACAUAUCGGCACGAGAAUUCAUGAAUCUCACAGAGUGAAUGGACCACAUGAUUCUGCUGUUUCUCUUCCCACCGGUCAACGAUCUUCAUCUAAAUCAAGAGCAUACUUAUCAAAUUAUGGUUCUGAAAGUGAUACAUCUACGUCUACACCUACGCGUCCGCGCCGAGUGAAAAAGCAACACGAUUCUGCUGUAUCACUUUCAGGCACCGGUCAACGAGCUCCAAUUAAGUCAGAUGCACAUGAACCAUCAGACUAUGUUUCCGACAGUAGCAAAUCUACACGUUCGCGACGUACACAAGACCCUUCUCAGCCGCCGUUUCAACCUAAGCCUCCAACAAAGUCAAAUUGUGAAACUCUACCAAAGACCACUCCCCAUACACGACUACCAGCAAUAAAAAUUAAUUCGUUAAGUGAGGAUAGAACAAGGUCCUCUGGUAAAUCUCCGAGUAGGAAAUCACCUGGACGAUCGCCUCACACGCCUCGCACGACUGUGGGUAGAAACCACGUUUACCAAAACACAGGCAAACCACCUUUGCCUCCGUUUUUACAUCCGUCAGAUCGUAGCCGUCAAAAAUCUCCUGCACGGCCUGGAUCUGGCGACCGCAGAAUGAUGACUCAUGAAAAGAGUCAUCGAGACACCCUAGAUCCUAGUACUAGCCAAUCGCAAUCACGAUCUUACUCCCGCAUGCAAGACAUUGGCAAUACUAAAAGCAGGCCGGAGGUGAGGCCAAGGAAAAGUCAUCGGGAUUUAUCCAAUGAUAACCUUCGAUUUCGACCGCAAAAGCAAGUUGACUCCAACCUUUAUUCAUCAAUAGACAGUAACAGAAGAAACGGAUACCCCGGUUCGUCCCAUCAAGACCCGUUUGUGGUAUCACCCGUAGACUCUCCAGAAGAUAUGCCAUUGAAAGGUCUGACGCCUGAGCAAAAAGAUGAGGCACAUAAAAUAGCAAUGGAGGUAUACAAGAAGGAAGAUCUUCAUGGCAGAAUUUUUAUAACUCAUGAAUAUUAA